AUGUUGAUUUUUGACUUUGAUGAUAUUUUUGUGUUUAACAAUGAGGAGAAGGUUCCUAAUGUUAAUUGGAACUUACCACCUAUUUAUGAUGAAUACCAUGACAAUGAUUAUGAUGACCGUGGUAUUAAUAAUAGUAGUAGUGGUGCUGAAAGGAAAGAAGUUAUUGCUAUUGAAAUAAUUUCGACUCGGAGGUCAAAAG